AAAAGAAUUAAACGCGAGCAAGCCCAAUUAGAGAUUGUGUGAAAAAUGAGAUUACCAAGCACAUAAAGGAUUGUACAGAUCUAAUCUACCAGCUCAUACAACCAGCUAUAUAUAUAUAUAUGUAUGUAUAUAUAUAUAUGUGUGUGUACAUGUGUAUUAUAAAUGCCAGCAGUUUGAAGACUCACAAAUAUUGUCUUUCACUUAAUAAUGGGGGACCGUGACAUCCCAAGUGUACCCGUCACAACACUAGCUGGCCUCACCAGUACCUCCGAUUUGCUCAGCGAGCUUCCCGUCUCGGAUUGCCUUCAGAGCGCGGCAUCCUUUAACAAAUCGCUGCUCUUUCACUCACUGGUCGCCAACGAAUCCAACAAUCUACUCUCUGUGCGCGAUGAGAAUCUCGUCAGACAGCUGGUGAAUGCGAUCGAGCAAACGAACUCGGACAAUAUAGAACUAAAGCCGCAAUAUACCAUUCAGCAGCAUGGCGCCAAUAUUAGCACAUAUCCUGAAUUACUACAGGGUAUCUACAACUAUCGCCCAACUGUAUUUAAUACACCACGUCGAACUGUUAUAAACGAUCGCACGUCGCAGCAACACUUCGCGGAGCAUUCACCAAGCGAGCAGCAUCCUUUGCAUUCGCAACAAAUUGGUCUCUCUAAUGAUAUAUGUCAAGCGCCCUUCAAUUUAAAUGUUCAACAACAACAGCAGCAGAAGCAUCAUCAUUCGAACACAAAAGACUAUAUAGACCAAUCAAUCGGCAUGGAUGUAACGAGUCUCUUACCACCUGAUCAGCGUGAGACUCGACAAAGACUGCAGGUCGGCUCGAUAGACAAUGUUAUUCAGAACGUGCAGGGAAUGGAAAUCACUAACCAGCCAUCGUUAGUAAUGCCGGCGGAACAUCAUCAACAGCAGUCGUCUGUGAUUCAAGCUGUGAAUCAACACGGGCAUCAAUCCCAAACGUAUUAUCAGUACCCCAACCAGCAGCAACAACAACAACAUAAGGAUCCGAUUGAUACAACCAAACAGCAAAGCACAAAGGACACAAAACCCACAUCAGCCAUCAGUAGCAAUCAACAGUUUAAUAAGAUGUCAACUGAUGCAUUACAGCCGAUUGCAUUUCAAUGUCAGGCGGCAACAACAACAACAUCGACCAUACAGGGCAAUUUUCAAAAUGUUUUAAAUUUACAAAGACAACAGAUUGCCGAUGGAGCAACACAGCAGCAGCAACAACAACAGCUGCAACUGCAGCAACAACAACUACAACAGCAACACCAACAACAGUACGCCAAACCUCAAUCGCCAGCCCAGCAAUUUUACAACGCAUCGACCUCAUUGGCGUCUUGCAACAACAACAAUGGUAGCAGUAGUGGUGCAACAUUUGGGCAUGAUUUCAAUCAAUCGACGAAUGCGACAUCAACUGCCACAUCCACAUCGACAUCGUCGAGCGGCAAAUCCCAGGUUCGGGUAUGUAUAAAUCGCCUUAACGUCGAGGAUGCUCGCCUUAUGCAACAGAGUAUUAAAAAGUUUGUACAAAAGUCACCAGAAUUGGCAAGAAAUAUUGGGUUACUUCGCGAUGCAAGUAACAAAUCCAAUGAUAGUGAAUAUCUAUCGUUAGCUGCUGAAUUUAAUUCCACAACGACGGAUGCUGCACACUCCUCGGCGGCUUCUGUUGAUAUGUUUACGGUUAUCAAAGCGGAUGAGAAACGUUCGACAACUAAACGGAAACUGGCAAUAUCACUGGGCGAUAUUCCACCAGAGCAAAUAUUCUCCAAACCCAAACUGCGUCGAGUCGAGCGCAUAAUGGCCUUAUCAACAACAAAGUGCACUAAAGAAGAAGUCACGCGUUCGCAGACAUACCAACAAUUUAUGCGCAAUAUGGAGCAAAUAAUCGAACUGCUCGACGAUACUGAAUCGCCAAAUUUCGAUUCAGAAGACGUCGAUGAUAAUAUUGAGUGCAUUUCACCAAAACUUCUCAACACAAUGAGCGACGAUGUCGCCAAGUUGAAGGCCAAGCAAGCAUUGGACUCUAUACCGAAAAACAAAUUAACCCUCCUCAUCAACUAUGCCAUGCGCAACGUUUAUUUGGCCAGAAAUUAUUCAGCGGGACCGGAAGACGAAGAUGAAAUCGUUGAUGAUGAAGUGAUAGAUAAGAUAUUAAACGCAAUGGAUGCGUGUUUGCUUAUCUGCAACAUUUAUUCAACAGUGAGCGACUUGAAGUUCUUGCAAGAGGAUAACAUAUCGCACAUUAUCAAAUUCGCUCAGUUUCAAUUGCGUGAAACAAUAUUUCCGUUACACGAUCCCGUCUAUACGGUGAAAAGUGUGAAAAAAUCAACGCAACGUAAAAAAACAAAGUCGCAUCAGAGUCAUCAUCGCAGCUUACAGAUCUUCUACUCGAAAGUUGUUGAGCUACUGAAGGUAUUUGUGGCGCUCUUCGACAAAUGUAUAUUUGUCGAUACCAUCGUGCUACCAUUGUCAACGCUCGCCAUUGAGCCAUUCUUCGUGGACAAUAUUGAGACGCUGCAGUUUGUUUGCCUGGAGCUGGUGACAACGAUUUUUCGCAAGGAACGAUAUGAUAAAAUACGCAACAGUAUUUUGGGCGAUAUACUAUCCUCCAUUGAUCGCUUGCCAUCAUCCAAGAAGAAUCUUCGACCCUAUAAGCUAACUAAUAAUGGUGGAAAUAUUCAAAUGGUUACUGCACUCGUCUUGCAAUUGAUUCAAUGCGCUACAAUAUUGACAGACUCACUAAGUGAUAAGAUCAGUACGAAAUCCAUACAUGAUUUCGAUGAUGAUCUGCCGAGCGGUGCUUCUCAAAUAGUUAAGCCAAAUCAGGACCUGUUGGUGCUGAACAAGUACGAUGUCGCUGUUAGUAUUGGUGGUAACUUCUUGACGACAUUUCUAAACAAAUGCAAGUCGCGCAGCAACGAAACCGACUUCCGUCCGCUCUUUGAGAAUUUCAUUCAUGAUCUGUUGGCAACGGUCAACAAACCGGAAUGGCCAGCCUCAGAGCUGUUGCUUUCGUUGUUGGGCACAAUGCUGGUUCGUUACGUGUCGAAUAAGACUAUAGAGCAAAGCAUUCGCUUGGUAUCCUUGGAUUAUCUUGGCAUUGUCGCUGCUCGUUUGCGUAAGGAUACCGUCGAGUCGCGAUGCAAAGUGAAUAUCAUUGAUUCAAUGAUUAAAUCCAUAAAAGCAGAACAGGAAAAGGAGGGAGAUUUGCCAAUUACAAAUACAAAAAUCGAGCUGCAUCCGGAAGAGCAACGAACCGAAUUUCUCCAAAAGAUUCUACUCGAUUUUCUGGCCGUGAAUGCACAGGAGGAGAACUUGAUCUGGGACUAUGCUCGACAUUUUUAUUUGGCUCAAUGGUAUCGGGAUGUUAUCUAUCAGCGACGUCGAAUAAAGGAGGGUGAACAAGGAUUUGCCCUGAAAAAACCCAAAUCUCAUUUAAAACAUCGAUCUGGCGACUAUUCCGACUCAUCGGACUCUGGUUCGUGCGAUGAAAAUGAUCCCGAGGACUCUAAUAAAAAUCGCAAUCGUUCCGUUGACGUUGUUGACUAUGAACUCAAUCUGGAAAUUUUUAACGUUCUAGAGGAACGCAAGCAAUACUUCAUCAGCAAAAUAAAACCAUACUCGGUUGUGGGCGAUCACAGUCAUACAUCACAUCAGCACAUUAAGACUUAUAUCGAUUAUAAUAAUGCACAGCUGAUAGCACAAUAUUUAGCUACCAAACGGCCAUUUAGUCAAUCGUUUGAUGGUUGUCUCAAGAAAAUCAUUUUAGUCGUAAAUGAGCCCUCGAUAGCUGUGAGGACGCGUGCAAUGAAAUGUCUAGCAAAUAUUGUUGAGGUGGAUCCACUUGUUCUGAAGCGAAAGGACAUGCAAAUGGGUGUUAAUCAGAAAUUUCUAGAUACGGCAAUAUCAGUACGCGAAGCUGCUGUCGAUUUAGUUGGUAAAUUUGUGCUCAGCAAUCAAGAACUAAUUGAUCAAUACUACGAUAUGCUCUCAACUCGAAUAUUGGACACUGGUGUCUCAGUACGAAAACGUGUUAUAAAAAUUCUGCGUGAUAUUUGUAUUGAAUAUCCGGAUUUUGAAAAGAUACCCGAAAUCUGUGUGAAAAUGAUACGUCGCGUCAACGAUGAGGAGGGCAUUCAGAAGCUUGUCACGGAAGUCUUUAUGAAAAUGUGGUUUACGCCUUGUAUAAAAAAUGACAAGCACGGAAUACAGCGUAAAAUUAAUCAAAUCAUUGAUGUGGUAAACACGGCUCACGACACAGGCACAACCUGGUUGGAGGGUCUCUUGAUGAGCAUUUUCAAACCAAAAGAGAAUAUGCUAAAGCUGGAUGGAAGUGCGCAGGAGCCGGUUAAAAAGAAUACCGAACCACCGCAGGAGAUUGUCUUGGCAUGCCAGCAAUUAGCCGAUGGUCUUGUGGAUCGCCUAAUUGAAUUGGAGGACACUGACAAUGCCCGCAUGCUUGGCUGCAUAACAACACUUCACCUGCUGGCCAAAGUACGACCCCAACUGUUGAUACGGCACGCGAUGACCAUCGAGCCAUAUUUGAAUAUCAAAUGUCAUUCAGCGUCAGCAGCGAAAUUCAUUUGUGCUGUCGCCGAUAUACUCGAGAAGGUUGUGCCGCUCGUUAACAACGCCAGUGAAUCGUUUUUGGCAUCUUUGGAGGAACAUCUGAUGCUGCUCGUCGUUUCGCGCAAUCAAGCUGAAGUCACCAGUUGUGUUUCGUGUUUGGGCGCACUUGUGAAUAAGAUCACAAAGAACUAUAAAUUAAUUCGUGACUGUUUUCAAAAAUUCUACCGUGUUCUGGAUCUAUCUAGGAAUCAAGUUGUACAAAAUGGAUUUAACAUAGACAAUAUUUAUACGCCUAGCUUUCGGAGAAGUCUAUUCACAAUCGGUAUUCUGAUGCGGUAUUUUGAUUUCAAAUCCCCCCUCGCUUUAGGUGAAUCCAAUAAUGGACUUCCAGCUUCAAUUUGCGAUAACGUGUUUGAGUGUUUGAUGUUCUUUUGUGUUUGCUCAAAUCAAGAAAUUCGCAAACAAGCACUUGUAUCACUUGGAUCUUUUUGUGUUAUGAACGACGAUUAUCUGACACGAUCAGAGCUAAAGCAAUUUUACUGUGAUUUAUUAAGCUCAUCCUCCAAUGAUGCCGGCAUAAAAAUAAUCUGUAUGCGAAAUAUCUGGGUUUACCUAACUGAAUCCGAAAUGUUCAUGCACAACAAAGAAAAAGAGUGGGAAAAACAAUCGAAGCACGAAGACCUCAAGGAAAUGAACGAUGUCUCCUCUGGCAUGGCAAGUCGCAUCAUUCAGCUGUAUUUGGAAGAGAUUCUUGACUGCUUCCUCAAUCGGGACGAUUCAGUGCGUCUUUGGGCAGUGAAAGUCGUUCAAAUCGUGCUACGUCAGGGAUUAGUACAUCCAGUUCGAAUGGUGCCCUAUUUGAUAUGCUUGAGCACUGAUUGUAAGGUUGAGUCAGCGCAUAGGGCAGAUGCAUUGCUGAAAGAUAUUGAUAAAACAUAUUCGGGCUUUGUAAAUAUGAAAGUGCAAUUUGGUCUUCAGCUUUGUUUCAAGUUACAGGAAAUACUGCAAGUGAAUAGCAAGGCGAAAAUUGAAAUAAUUCGGGGAUAUGCUAAACGCGGACCAGAUCAAGUGACAACAGCUUUAAAUGACUUUUUGUAUUCGUUGCUCCGAACAACAAAACCGCAAAGACGCGCUUUGGUUCAAACUGUGACAAAACAGUUCGAUGAUCAGAAAACGUCGCUACAGCAAAUGUUAUAUAUUGCCGACAAUCUCGCAUAUUUUCCAUAUGCGGUUCAGGACGAACCCUUGUAUCUGAUACAUCAAAUCGAUUUGCUUAUCUCAAUGGCUGGCACACAUCUCUUAACCACUUUCAAGGAGCAUCUGCGACCAAGUGAAAAGGGCGGCGAUGUUCUGGAGGACGAUGACGAUGAGGAGGAUCCGCAUGUCCUUUUCAAUCGAUUACCGGAAGAUAUGACCGAAAUUAAGAAAUGUAUAACUUCCGCACAAGCGUGCAUGCUACUUCUAGUACUAAAGGAACACUUAAAAGAUAUGUAUGGACUAACCGAUGGUAAAAUAUCACGAUAUUCGCCAUCCGAGCAAAAAAUAUACGAGAAGGCAAUAACACGGCGGACCGUUGCCGACUUCAAUCCAAGAUCGACAAUUGAUGUGAUUAAGAAACAACAUACACAAAACUAUACGAGCACCGAAUCUGAAUGUAUUUCCAGAACACUCACCAAUGAGGAAAAAAUGGAUCUUGUCGCCAAAUACUUGGACUUCAAGCAGCUUAUGCUAAAAUUGGAUCCGGAAGACGCCGAUUCGGAUGCGGAUGAAUCUCGAGAAAAGUCCAAAUUAAAUAGUUCUGGGCUCCUGGAUGAUUCAAUCCCAUUAAAUUCGUCAAGGCCAAGUCAAAUGCAAAAUGACAAACCAAAUUCAGUGACUACGCCAAACGUUAUCAACAGCAAUAUUCAAGCAUCGACGGCAUUUGUUAUGCAGGAUAUCCCGGGUGCUGAUACCACGCCGACUACGCGUCCUGCGAAAUCAGCCCUCUCCCCAGCGAAGUUACUUGCGCGUAAGCCAAGCCAGCAGCGUAGUAAAAAGAAGCGCCGGAAAAUUGUGUCGUCGGAUGACGAUGAUGACUACAGUGGCGAUGACUAUGCGUGAGAUAAACUGUUUUAGUCUUAUUGGUUAAACCAUAAUUUAGAAUAAGGAAACGGAAACGGAAAAAGAAACAGAAACAACAAAUCUAAAUAUGAAUAAUAAUAAUACUGAAGCUUAGGUUUUAAAAAGUAUAAAGAUCUUAAGUAGAGCAUAUAAUAUAUGUACGUAUGUAUAAUUUAUUUUCUAAUCUAGUACUGUAUAAUAGCAAUAAAACACUAAUUUAACAUUUAACUAUGCUUAAGGUAAGCAAAAUAUCAUCUUAAUUGGUUAUUUCGAAAGAGAAAGAAAGAAAACAAUAUAAUACAAAAUACAGUGCGUGUAUAUUUUUUUAAUAUCGUAUCGUAUCGUAAUAUUAUAUAUAAAUCUAUAUAUAUAUAUAUAUAUAUAUAUAUAAAUAUUAUUUAGAAGCUACAUAGAUUUAAUGAUCGUCUAGAUUUAACUGAGUACAAGGAUUGGGCACACCGAAGAGUAAUACCUUCCAAUGCCUUAGUCCAUCAUUAUAUCGUGCUUCAACUUUGAUCAAAGUAGACUAUUGUAAAAAGGUGUAAAAACAAAAUGAAAAAAAACUAAUAAUGUCAAAGGUUGAUGUAAAUGUAAGCAAAAAAAAACAAGCAAAACUUUGGAUCGGGUGUUCGUCUUAUCUAGUUAUGUAAUUGCCCGAUAAUUGGCCCACUAAUUAAUAUAGUUAUUACUUAAAUAUUACACACAUAUUUCAAUAAUUUCAACAUUUCUGGAAACAAUAACUUUUGACUUUUCAUUCCUAUGACUAUGUAAAAAAAAAAAAAAAAAAAAAAAACGGCAAACGACACAAGGCUAUUUAAAGGAAUUUAUUUUACUCAUGUUUACAACCACAAAAAAAUGGCACACUCGAGAGCACACACACAAAAAUAAACAACCAAGAAACGCCGCUAACGGGAACUAUGUAAAUGGCGAAGCUUUAAUGGGUCCCCUAUUUUGGAUCAAAUUCAGCCAUAUCGAAUAAUGUACAUUAUUAUAUUUCAUAGUUGCAAAAGUUCAAGCUCUAGUUUUAUUUUAGGUCACACACACACACACACGUAUAUGUACAUAAAUUAAUAUUUCUUUAAUUUUAUAAUGAUGCAGAUAUAAUGAAUAUUUAUUUAUAUAUGUAUGUAGCUAAAUUAAUGUUGAAUAAAAAUCUAAUAAUAAGUCAUCCAAAUGGACA